AUGCGCACGCCAGAGAGGAAGCGAGGGGCGCCGCGGCUCCUGGUCCUUCGAUUGGGCGCGAGCUGCCGUUAAAUGUCAGCACGCAGAUGCAACUCGUUCCUGGCAGGGUGCGCGUGCACCGCUGCCGAGCGCUAGUCCGCAGGCGCAGGAGCCUCCCUACUAAGGGCACGCGCCGUCGAGGCAUUAGCGCGCAGGUGCAUCGCCAGAGGCGGAGCCCGAGAGGUAGGCAGCGGGCUUCCGCUUCCGGGAACAACGAACAGCGGCGGAGGCGACAGCUACCGCAGCAGAGGAGGCGGCCGCAGAGGAGGAAGAAGGGGAGGAGGGCGAGGCGGAAGGCGCAGGAGGGACCCUCGCCUUGGGUCCACGGGCCUAGAGCUGCGGAAGAUACCGGUCUGGUGCCAGACUGGCUACUGCUGCUUCCGGUGGCCUCCAUGGCUGAGGACUGGCUGGACUGCCCAGCCCUGGGCCCUGGCUGGAAGCGCCGUGAAGUCUUUCGCAAGUCAGGGGCCACCUGCGGACGCUCAGACACCUAUUACCAGAGCCCCACAGGAGACAGGAUCCGAAGCAAAGUUGAGCUGACUCGAUACCUGGGCCCUGCGUGUGAUCUCUCCCUCUUCGACUUCAAACAAGGCAUCUUGUGUUAUCCAGCCCCCAAGGCCCAUUCCGUGGCUGUCACCAGCAAGAAGCAAAAGAAGCCUUCCAGACCAUCCAAGACUCGAAAACAUCAGGCUGGACCCCAGGGUGGCGAGGUCAGGAAACGUCAGGUUGGACCCCAGAGUGGUGAGGUCAGGAAAGAGGCCCCAAAGGAUGAGACCAAGGCUGACACUGUCACAGUCCCAGCUUCAUUCCCUGCUCCUGGAUGCUGUGAGAACUGUGGAAUCAGCUUCUCAGGGGAUGGCACCCAAAGACAGCGGCUCAAAACAUUGUGCAAAGACUGCCGAGCACAGAGAAUUGCCUUCAACCGGGAACAAAGAAUGUUUAAGCGUGUGGGCUGUGGGGAGUGUGCAGCCUGCCAGGUAACAGAAGACUGUGGGGCCUGCUCCACCUGCCUCCUGCAGCUGCCCCAUGAUGUGGCAUCGGGGCUGUUCUGCAAGUGUGAGCGGAGACGCUGCCUCCGGAUUGUGGAAAGGAGCCGAGGGUGUGGAGUCUGCCGGGGCUGUCAGACCCAAGAGGACUGUGGCCGUUGCCGCAUCUGCCUUCGCCCUCCCCGCCCUGGUCUCAGGCGCCAGUGGAAAUGUGUCCAGCGACGUUGCCUACGGCAUCUUGCUCACCGCCUGCGUCGCCGUCAUCAGAGAUGUCAGCGACGCACUCCCCUGACUGUGGCUCCCCCCACUGGUAAACAUGGCCGCCGCAGGGGAGGCUGUGACUCCAAGAUGGCUGCCAGGCGGCGUCCCAGUGCCCAGCCACUGCCUCCACCUCCACCGUCACAGCCCCCCGAGCCCACAGAGCCGCACCCCAGAGCCCUGGCCCCCUCGCCACCUGCCGAGUUCAUCUAUUACUGUGUAGACGAGGACGAGCUACAGCCCUACACGAACCGCCGGCAGAACCGCAAGUGCGGGGCCUGUGCAGCCUGCCUACGGCGGAUGGACUGUGGCCGCUGCGACUUCUGCUGCGACAAGCCCAAAUUCGGGGGCAGCAACCAGAAGCGCCAGAAGUGUCGUUGGCGCCAGUGCCUGCAGUUUGCCAUGAAGCGGCUGCUGCCCAGUGUCUGGUCAGAGUCUGAGGAUGGGGCAGGAUCGCCCCCACCUUACCGUCGUCGAAAGAGGCCCAGCUCUGCCCAACGGCACCAUCUUGGCCCUACCUUGAAGCCCACCUUGGAUACACGCACAGCCCGACAAGACCAUACCCGGGCUUCAUCGAAGCAGGAAGCAGGUGGUGGCUUUGUGCUGCCUCCGCCUGGCACUGACCUUGUGUUUUUACGGGAGGGCGCAAGCAGUCCUGUGCAGGUGCCGGGCCCUGUUGCAGCUUCCACGGAAGCCCGGUUGCAGGAGGCCCAGUGCUCUGGCCUGAGUUGGGUUGUGGCCUUACCCCAGGUGAAGCAAGAGAAGGCGGAUACCCAGGACGAGUGGACACCAGGCACAGCUGUCCUGACUUCUCCCGUAUUGGUGCCUGGCUGCCCUAGCAAGGCAGUAGACCAAGGCCUGCCAUCUGUGAAGCAAGAGCCACCUGACCCUGAGGAGGACAAGGAGGAGAACAAGGAUGACUCUGCCUCCAAAUUGGCCCCAGAGGAGGAGGCAGGAGGGGCUGGCACACCCGUGAUCACGGAGAUUUUCAGCCUGGGUGGAACCCGCUUCCGAGACACAGCAGUCUGGUUGCCAAGAAGUACUGAUUGAGUUCCUUCUGGGUGCACAGCAUUGAGGACAAUGAGCCCUGCAAAACUUACCCUUCUGGAGACACAGGAUACCUACCUUCAGGUUUUUAGAAGAUACAAAAACAAUAAAGGGGAACUGGAUGGAGGACACAGAAUAGUAGGAAAUGGUUUUGUAAUGCUCCAUUUCGCACAUAGCAAACCUCAUUCAACAUACAGACCUGCUCCCUCUUCUCUAGGUCCAAAGACCUUAAAAAACCUGGAGCUAGAAAGCAGUAGACUGGAGGCUUCUACAGACUGUAGGAUUCAAGGUGAUAUUUGCAGACUGGCUUUAUGAGAGACAACACUGAUCUACUAGGGGCUGGACCCUAGAUUGGUUGCCAGGGCUUGUGUGUGAAUCAACCCUAGAAGGAAAAAUCUACCAUCAAACAGAGGAGCAGGCCUAACAGUACUUUGAGCUGCUAGAAGUAAGCGGGAAAGGAAGAGAAAGAGUAGAAUGUUGGUGCAUCUUCUCCUCCCCAAGAGCCUGAGUAUGAUAAGAAGUUGGAUUUUAACGGUGGGGGAGCUGGGCUGGGGAAAGGUAAUAUAAGUAAACCCACCACAAAACAACCUAAACAUGAGACCUGGCUGUGUGUCUGCACACUUCCUCAGGGAGACGGCAAGUGAAAAUGUAAUUGAAUAAAUGAAAGGAACCACUAUUUGGUGUGUUCCUCCUAUGGACCCAAUUUAUUUAAUCCUCUAAACAGUCUUUUUGGGAAGACAUUGAUUUUGCCCAUUUUUGUGGAUGGGAAGACUGAGACUCAUUAAUUUGUCCAAUGUCAAACAGCUGGUGUUAGUAGAGCCUAGAAUCAAACCCAGCUUGUAAAGCCCUUGUUCUUUAAGCCACUAAAUUGUAACCUAUAAUCCUGUAUGCACUAACAGGAGUUUUCAGUGACCUUGAAAACACAGCAGAUUACUAUAAGUACUGUAAUAAAUCCCUUACAUUCCUGCCUCUAGCAUGGUUUAGGGAGUGCCACGGCUUGAUGUAGCUGGAGUCACCUUGUCAGAGCAUCUGUUCAUACAGAAACUGGGUUUCCUGCAGGCCCCAGGUGCUGCAGAGGAUUCCUCAAACCCUAUAGGGUAUCUCUCCCUACUGGCUGCUCUCCAUUUUGCUUGUUACCCUGACUCCCCCUCUUCAGCCAGAGCAGUCUUUAUAACUAAAGCUGCCAGCCUGGUUCAUCUUUCCUGACAACGUGCAUCUCCUGCUCUCUGAUGACCUUUGUGCUUGGCUCCUGCCCUCAGCCUGAAUGUCUUCUAGGAGGCUGAAUCCCAGCUUUGAGUCCUGCCCAAGGGCCAGUCUUGGCUCAGCCCUACCUCAUUCUCUCCAAUUCUUCAUUUAUAAAGUGCCAAAAAGAUUUGACCUGUAAUUCAUUAGCCAGCUUUACAUGGCCAGGACUGAGUGAGUGCCUCCUUACACUUUAUAUCCUAUGUGCCUCCCUUGCCUUGCCAUAGUCCCAGCCUUGCAGCUUUAGGUAAUUCAGAUGUGGAUUAGCCAUUUCCCAGUUCUAACUCAUACAAUCCAACCUCUGCCACCUUCCCUUCCCCCUUCCUUUAUUCCAUCCUAACUAGUUCAGCCUUAGUCAAGGCUGGAUAGACUGAUACUGCUUUGUUUCCCCAGGAAACAACCAACCAACCCCAGUAUUCUGGUAAUUUUGACAAUGGUCUAUAUGAAAUUUAUUUUGACUGGCAUUUAGAUUCAUGAGUUAAGCUUCUGCCUACCGUAUGUAUUAGAGUACAAUCAGAAGAGCAGAACCACUAAGAUAAAGAUUAUGUAUAUAUGUAUUUUAAGGGAUUUAUUAUAAGGCUCUGACUGCAUGCCAUUGUGGGAGCUUGUUAAACAGUCUCUAAGGCUGUUGUCCUUGCAUCUAAUGCUGGAGCUUGAAGUCUGCAGGGCAGGCACUCGGGAAGGGAAGAUGGAUGUAAAAUGUGGGAGACCGAGGACACAGUGGAGCCAACAAGCACGAGCUGGAACCGACGAGGAUGGCCUAGAACCCAUGUCAGUCUCUCACCACCUCCAGCUUCGAUGACGUGGGUGUCCUGCAGAAGAAGCUGGUGUCCUUCCUCACAGAGUUAAAUAUGCAUCUGGCCCAGGAAUUAGAGAAGCUCAAGGAUGAUCCUGGGGAAGGUGGAGCAGCUGCAGGCCUGGCUAAAGGCCUGACUGCUGCCCACACCGAGGUGAGCCAGCAGAUACAUGACAGCAAGUGUGAACUGCAACAGCACUUGGUGACACAGCACCAACCUUCCAAGUGUAAAAACAAUAUGCUGCUGCUUCACUUCUGCCCUUCAGUUACCAGGCAGAAUGUCUCUUGUGGCCCAUCUUACUGGAAGAGAGCUCUGGAAAAAAUAGCCUAGCCAAGGUGACACAUUACGAAGCCACCCUACCAUGAAUCAGCCCCCAAGGGCCUCACUGCUCACCUGAGGAUAACUCAAUAAAACUAUGUUGCUGAAUAUGCAAAACUGAAGACCAUGGAUUUCAUGGUGAUUCCAGCAAGUGCAGAGAUUCUAUGAAGCCCACCCAAAACUUGCUGGUCCUGGCUAUUUUUGUGUUGUUUAUUCAAGUAUUGAGAACCUGGCCUGUGGUAGGCACUGUACUUAAUACUGGGAUACAGAAAUGCAAAAGACAUGGCCCAUGCAGUUUUAUUAAAUGAAUCAAUAUAUUACAAAUGGUGAAUGAAUUUCCAACUUUAUCAUGGAAUUUAAUGCUGAAAGUAUAGUAUUCAGGAAAUUCUGGGAGGACAGCCCUUUUGUGAACCUUGUUUGGGGCACAGUAGGAAUUGGAAAUAAUUUAGUUUCUAUCUCUAAGCUGUUCUAUUUAAAAAUUAUUUUUAAAUAAUUUUUUUGUCCCACUUA